CCAGAAUCAGCAGCAUCCACCGCGGUCCUUUUUAUCCUGGACGAUGACCGAGCCAGUAUAGACUUCGUUUUGGUUUGAUUCUCCAUAAUGUUAAUGGGUUAGGUGCUCUUGGUUCCAUUCCUCAGCUGAGGCCUCUCUGGCUUGGUUGGACCUGCCGGAAGUUACACUACCGCCAGCACAGCCCUCAGCAUCCUCGGAAUGGUUAAGCCGCCCCACCACGUCAAGGUGGCACCUGCCGGGGGGAGGGGAGGGAAUGAACGUCGGUUGAGGUGGUGAGUGGCAGUGUUCAGUUGAGGUGGUGAGUGGCAGUGGUCGGUUGAGGUGGUGAAUGGCAGUGUUCAGUUGAGGUGGUGAGUGGCAGUGUUCAGUUGAGGUGUUGAGUGGCAUUGGUCGGUUGAGGUGGUGAGUGGCAGUGUUCAGUUGAGGUGUUGAGUGGCAUUGGUCGGUUGAGGUGGUGAGUGGCAGUGUUCAGUUGAGGUGUUGAGUGGCAGUGGUCAGUUGAGGUGGUGAGUGGCAGUGGUCGGUUGAGUUGGUGAGUGGCAGUGGUCGGUUGAGUUGGUGAGUGGCAGUGGUCGGUUGAGGUGGUCAGUUGAGGUGGUCAGUUGAGGAGAUCACUUGUGGUUGUUUGCGGUGGAGAGAUUUCGAGAGCGAGAGCGGUCUUGACAAGACAGGCGCCUACGACAUCGAUUCCCUUCUAGGCAUAUUUGCCAUUUGCGCUGUUCUCUUGACUUUUUUGCCUAUUUCUUAGUCAUGCCGAAAGGCAGUGAGACCAAAUCUGGAAGAAAAGGCAAGAGUCCUCAGGGCCCUGUCCCCGGUACAUCCAGGAGCAAGCCCAUCCAGAGCGGCGAAGACAAACUGCAUGACUUGGACCCGGAGAGCUUCAACAUAUGCAAAGAGAGGAUGCGGCCGGUGAAGAAAGCGCUGAAGCAGCUGGUCAAUCCGAAGAGAGGGCUGUCUGAGAAGGAUCAGGUGGAGCACAUCCGGAGGUGCCUCCUGGAGAUCGGUGACCACAUCUCCGAGUGCUUGAAGGCGUUCUCGGAGCAGGAGGAGCUCAAGCUCUGGAGAGGGAACCUCUGGAUCUUUGCCUCCAAGUUCACAGACUGUGAUGCGAGGAAGCUGCACAACCUGUACAAGAGGGUGCACAAGAAGCGGUCCCAGGAGGAGGAGGAGGUGAGACGGAGACAUUGAAAGAGGGGAGGGUGCUACAGACCGUGGGGACUCAAAGGAGUGAGACUUCUGCAUAGAGAAACAAGCAGGCGAUCCCAGAAGCAAGAAACGUGUCCUCUAGGAAAACCUACAGGCAUUUGUUUGCCUGGAACAGUUUUGGUCUUUUGGGACUCUUUCAAUAUAUUCAAGGCAGGGGCAGCUGGGGAUUGCAAUCCAAGCUUUGGUCUCAAUUACUGAUCCUUUCUCCAGUGGUUUAGGUUUUUGGAUAGCCCCAAGGUUAGAUUAGAACUCAGAAUAGCUAGAGACAGAUGAAUAGCUAGAUAUACAGACCAGCAGUCUGUUUAUUAGUUGAUUCACUUAUUAAGGCAGUACUAGGAGGGUGCAUUCUUCAGUUCCAAUGUUAAAGAACUAUCCCAGGGAUUUAACUCUAUCCCCUUGGAUGCAACGCCUUUGAAAGUUCUACUAAAGUUCCGAUUAGAGUGGUUUUACUGUCUCAAGGGGGAAAAAAGAUAGAAACACCACCAACUGUGGUUCAGGUGGUUUGGUCAAGGCCUAGAAAUCUCUUUUGGCCAGAUCACUGUCGUGUUUGUCACCAAGGCCUCUCUUUGCUCUCAGUGGAAACAGCAGAAGAAAGAAGAGGCCACCGGAGCCAAGAAGAUGUCUCGCCCGGAGCACUGUGGGUCCAGCUUGUAUUCCGUUUUGUCUCCCUUGCCCAACGCCACUUCAGCUCCUGCUCCUGCUCCUGCUCCUGCUCCUGCUCCUGCUCCUCCUCUUCCUCCUCCUCCUCCUCCUCCUCCUCCUCCUCCAAAGGUCCAGCAUCCACAGCCCCAUCCUUCUCAGAUACAUGGGCAACAGUGUGACAACUACAGCUACCCGAAGAAAAGGCCUUUCAGUAAUUCGGACCGAAGCGACUGGCAGCGGGAGCGCAAGCUCAGCUACGGCGGCAACUCCAGGCAAGGACGGGGUGGAGAACGGCACCAUCCGUACGAGCAGCACAGGCACAAGGAGCACCACGAUGGAGACCGCCGCCCACGCGAGGAACCUCAUUGCAGCUCGGAGAGCUACCAGCCCAAGACCCCCUCUCGCAAGCGGCCCCAUGAGCAGGACAACAGUGACCGGGACCACCGGGGCCACCGUGACUCCUAUGACCGGCACCACCAUGAUCCCAAGCGGCGAAGAACCGAAGAGAUCCGUCCUCACCAGCAAGAAUUCAGGCGGAUGUCGGACCCCAUCGGCUACCACGGCCAGGGGCCUUCAGACCACCACCGCUCUUUCCGCCCGGAGAAGUCUGGUGAUUCUAAGAUGUCCUCUGCUCCUCCCUCCAAGUACUACGAUCCUCGCUCCCCACAUGCACAGAAAGCCCCACAUGAAGCCAUGUCUGUCUUUGAACACCGGUCCCCCCUGCAAGGGUUAUAUAGGGAUCAGAAGAUCAGUCCUGGAUAUAACUGGCGCAGCCGGAAGACAUAAGAACCCGGAGAUUAGAUUUAUUUAUUUUCUCUUUUUGUAGGUAGUCUGUCAGUAGUUUCCAGUCCGUUCUAUGAAUUGAUGUUCUAUCCUGGGCCAAUUUUUGUGUCAGGAAGUCCACAUUCAUUAUGUCCAACACUUUAGAAAUCCAUUUUUCAAUACUAGGUAUUUUAUCCUUUGUAAUUGCAUAGAUCACUAAACCUUUACUUUUUAAGGUUGCCUUCUCAAUAGUCAUUUUUUAUAUACAUAUUUAUUUUCUCUUUUUGUAGGUAAUCUGUAAGUAGUUUCCAUUCCGCUCUAUUAAUUGAUGUUCUAUCCUGGGCCAAUUUUUGUGUCAGGAAAGCCAUAUUCAUUAUGUCCAAGUCUUUAGAAAUCCAUUUUUCAAUACUAGGUAUUUCUUGAAAUUUCCAUUCCUGUGCCAGAGUAGCCGCUGUUGUAAAAUAGAAUAUAAUCCUAUCUGUGUUUUUAUCUACCUGUGGAUUUGUGAUUCCAAAUAAAAAUAUUUAUGAUUUAAAUUCAAAUUGUUCCUGUAAAUUUUUUGUCAUUUUUUUUAUACCACGUACCAGACCUUUUUUACCCUUUUGCACUCCCGCCACAUGUGGAUGAAAGUGCCGAUAUUCUUUCCACUUUCCCAGCACUUUCCAUUUGUUUUUCCUUUAUUAUACAAAGCCAGUUUUUUUGGAGUUAACUGCCACAUGUAGAACAUUUUGUGCCAAUUCUCCUCGAUCUCUGCUGCAUAUGCCUAUCCUGGCUUCUUUGUCCAUAUCUCCUCCCAUGCAAAUGGUGUGUCCUACUUCUCUGGCCCAUUUUAUCAUCACUUCCUUUACUUGUUCCUCCUCUGUCGCCCAGGUAAGUAAUUGCCUAGAGAUUAUUUUUAUUAAUUUACUAGCUUGGGGACCCGGCGAUGCCUGGGUCAUUUGAGAAAGGCAUUGUUUGCAUGUGUUCCAAGUGUAAUCAAUAUCCAAUGUCAGCUGGGUUCAGUGGGUGUAGGUGAACUCCAACUCCCAUUUGCAAGUCUCAUCGUCCAGUGUCCAUCCCCCUCCAAACAGCGCCAGGAUGUAGAGUAGGUCAUGGGGGCUCUAUGUACCAAGUUUGGUCUUGAUCAGUCAUUUGUGUGGGUCGCGGUGCUCUCAAGAAGUGAGUGAAGUUAUAGCAAGUCCCAUCAUCCGUGGUCCCUCCUCCUCCAAACUUCACCAGGAUGUAAAGUGGGCCACCCUGCACCUGUGUGUCAAUUUGGUCCAGUUUCAUCAUUCGUAGGCAUGACAGUGGUCUGUGGGAGGUGAAUUGGAUGAAGGUACUGCAGAUCCCAUAAUCCUUGGUCCAUCCUCCGCCAAACUGCUGCAGCAUGUAAAGUGUGUCAUUUGGGGUAUGUGUGCCUGGUUGAGUUCAGUUCUGUGAUUCGUGGCAGUUGCUAUAUGCAACCAUCUCAAAAUAACACAACACACCAGACAUCACAG